AACGGGAAUCCAUUUCCGGUUAACGUACCUCAACAAAAAUGGCGGACGAGGCUACUCGCCGGGUAGUGGCCGAGCUGCCUCUGCUGAAGACGAACGCGGGUCCGCGGGACAAGGAGCUGUGGAUUCAGCGGCUGAAGGAGGAAUACCAAGCGCUCAUUAAGUAUGUGGAAAACAACAAGAACGCUGAUAACGAUUGGUUCAGGCUAGAGUCCAACAAAGAAGGCACAAGGUGGUUUGGGAAAUGCUGGUACAUUCACAACCUCCUGAAAUACGAGUUUGCUGUUGAGUUUGAUAUUCCGGUAACAUAUCCAUCCACCGCGCCAGAAAUCGCCAUCCCAGAGCUGGAUGGAAAAACAGCAAAAAUGUACAGGGGCGGUAAAAUAUGUCUGACGGACCACUUCAAACCUUUGUGGGCCAGGAACGUACCUAAAUUUGGGCUGGCUCAUCUCAUGGCCUUGGGGCUGGGACCCUGGCUGGCUGUGGAGAUCCCAGACUUGAUAUCAAAAGGCCAGAUUGAGCACAAGGAGAAAUGAGGCAGGUUUGUGCAGCCUGCGGGCGGAAGCUAGGCCUCGGCUGUUCUCCUAGGCCUCAACCGUCAACAGCUGCAGACUCAAACAUGUGCCAGUGACUUUGUUUUGUGCUUCUCUGUAUAACUUCUGAACCCCGAAUUUCCAACUGGUCCACAGAACAUGACUCACUAAUUAAAAAAGAAAAGAAAAGCAA